GUAGAGGGGCGAGUAAAAUCGGUGCGAGUGCGAAGGUUCUCUUCCAGUAUAGGUCGUAGGCGGCGCACCGUGACACGCUUCGCCUCCCUGCGUAGCUCGCGAAUUUGUGAUUGAACACGUGCUGCGACUUGCGGCUUGCGACCGAUCGCACGCUUCCCCGGCUACCGGCGACAACGCCACGCUCACUAUACAGAUCAACCACAAUGAGGAGGCACGUUGUAUUCCUGCUGGCGUACGUAGCCACUGCAAGCGCUACACUAGAAGUAGUCAACCAAUGGAGCUUCAUGCAGUUCGACUUUCCCCCUGAUCCAGUGCUCUUGGAGAAGUUCCAACCAGAGAACACAGUUCCCACGGGUCUUGAGAUUGGCUGGGACAGGCUCUACUUGGGAAUACCUCGAUUGAGGGCAGGCGUGCCAGCAACUUUGGCUUGGAUACCACGCAGUUUGCCCCCAGGCGUCAGUCCUGUUCUUCAGGCGUAUCCUGAUUGGUCCUGGCACACGGCUGGUCGAGGUGACAUCAACUGCACAGGCUUGAUCUCCGUGUACCGUGUGCGAGCUGACAGGUGCAACCGACUCUGGGUCUUAGAUGCUGGAGUGGUCACUAGCAUCGAUGACUUCAGACGAGUUUGCCCUCCCAAGAUCCUUAUCUUCGACAUGGCUACUGAUCGCUUGGUACGAAGCGUAUACUUCCCCCGUGAGCUGCUCCGCCCCAGCUCGCUGCUCACCAACUUGGUGCUGGAUGACACUCGCUCCUCCAACACCAGACUGGCAUCUUCCUGCGACCAUCUCUUCGCUUACAUCAGUGACACGGUUGCUCCAGGUAUCAUCGUGUACGAUGGUCGCCGUGACAACGCGUGGAGAGUCACGCACGCCUCCAUGUACCCCGACCCUGACCUUGGAGAGUACGACAUUGGCGGAGAAAGGUUCACACUCAUGGACGGUAUCGUCGGUCUCGCUCACUCCCCCGCCCAAGGCCUGCUCUACUACCAACCUUUGGCUACUGACAGAUUGUUCAGCGUGUCGACUGCGGUAUUAGCAUCUGGUCCACCGGCGGAAGGCACAGAGUUGCCCGUGAACCUAGUAGGACGCAAGUCCUCUCAGGGUCUCGGAGUGGCGGUAGACCCAAGAGACGACACCAUCAUCUUCAGUCCCAUGACUGAAACUGCUAUUGCUGCCUGGAAUCCUAUCACAAACUCACACAAGGUGCUAGCCCAAGACCCGGAGAAGCUGCAGUUCUGCGCUGAAGUGAGAUGGGCCGAACGCGACAACGGCGCCAUCUGGGCACUUUCUACACGUUUCCACAAGUUCUUCCGGCGCUCCGCUUCUAAACAUGAGACCAACAUUCGUAUCUUACGCGUGGUAGACAGUGGAUUCGUUUCCUUGCAGCCGCAUGUACUCCGUCGUGCUGUGCAGUUCAACGCUACCUCCAUCGCUCCCCACUAAGCUAUAACCCCCUGCACAAACUAUGCACAAUAUACCAAGCACGGACUAGCACCGUGCAAGCUAACGUCCAAUGACGUUCACUGCCAAAGUCAAUACAGAUUCCGUGUCCAAUCAAUAUUACCUAUUUAAAUACUUAUAAAUUUUGCUGUUUGUGAUGACACUUAAAUAUGGAAAAAAUAACGGUUUUUUAUACUUUUGUACUAUUUAAUGCCCAUUGUGGUUCAGUUACCACAAUAGCAACUAAAAUAUUUUAGUGCCAUCACACACCAAGCCAUCAUGUACCUACAAUGUGAGCAACAGAGGACUGGACCAAUUGAAUCAACAACCUCCAUUAUCAAAAUAAAUAUUCUGAACUACUUUUUGUUACCACCUUGUUAUAAUUGCAUUUGAUGCAACACAUUUAACAAAGAAUUCGAAAAAGGUGUACUGGAAAGGAAAAAAGAAAUCAGUGCAUAAAAGUUAUUCAUUUAUAUUUUUUUUGUUUUUAGCAGACAGAUCUCAGUGGCUUACAAAAUAAAAAGUUGAUGUUGUAAGUUUACAAAACCGUACGUAUAACAUACGUAUGGAGAGGUCAUUGACCAAUUAGUUUGGAGAAUUACAACGUUCGUAAUAUCAAAGACAUUUUUUAAAUUAAAGUAUUAGUGUUACUUCUUCUUAUAAGAGCAGUGAAAAAGGUAAUAAUUUGGCCGAAAUAGUAAUGUAACUAGUGCAUAUUCUUUAUGAUUCUUAUUGAUUUAAUCUUUUGUACAUAACUUUCAUUACCAUGAGCAAAUUAACUGCGUUGUACUAACGUUAGCCUACAUUACAAGAAUACGGACAUGCUAUUACUAGCACGAACUCAACAAAGUAACGUAACAUAUUUUUUUCAUGUGUGUAUAUGAAUUACGAAUAUACGAAACAAUUAAAAAACCAUUAAUUAAAUUGUACUCAUAAUUCUAUUUAGGGUCUGUUUCACGAUGUUUGUAUAGCCGCUAUGUACCAGAUAUAUUUGAAUUAAGAACGCAAUUUGUAUGAACGAUUUGGUACGGUACUUAUAUAGAGUUGGUGAAACAGGCGCCUAAUCUGUUAAACACACUUAUGGGUGGUCGAGCUCGUUAACUGAUGGGCACAUCCGAAGUACUUAGUACAUAGUCGUAAAGUUAAAUAAAUCGUUUUGUUUUGUGCUAGAACUAGAUACAUCUUGAGUUUCGACGCCAUAGUACUUUUAUACCAUUUUAAAAUUGUUGCGUCAUCAAUGAGUAUACAAUGUUGUGUUCACAAAUACUCAUUCCAUUCAUAUAAAUGUGAGAAGAGGCUAGAUUAAUACUUUUCAUUUGUACGAGUAACUUAUUUACAUUUUUACACACAGCGGGUAAUUUGAAGAUAAGUGUGAAUGCGCUAAGUGAGUUUCUAUACAGAAAUGUGCUUCGAAUGAAUUGUUACUAUAUAUCUAUUGUACUAUGGCUUAUUUUUCGAUGUCCAGUAAAUUAAAACUAUCUAUAAGUUACUCAUCAAGUAACUAAAGAUUUUUUACUCGGAUGUAGCAAAAUGAGUCCUGCUUUUUUAUAUUCAAUGUGUUUUGCUUUUUUGUGUCUUCUAAUCUUAGAUGUAGUGAACACGGAUUUAUUUUAUAGACAAAUGAACAAAAAUGAUUUAGAAUAAGGACACUAGUUGAUCUAUAAUCUCAUAUUUUAUUUAAAAAAUAUCCUUGUCUAUUGCUCACAGUAAUAAAACAGAUCGAUCGAAGUUAUUUUUAUGUUAAGAUAAUUUAAAUCAAUAGAUAAUAAAUUAUAUUGUUUCACUUUUCCACUUUAAAUAAGUCACAUUACAACUUCAAGAUUUAAAAAAUGUAAUUUUGUAUAAAGUAUCUCAUAAUAUAAUAAUCAGCAAGGCUUUCUCUUGUGCCAUACUAUUAUGGUAUUCCAAGAUAUCUGAUAUCAUUUUGUAUAUAAAAUAUUUUAUAUUAAGUUAAAAUACUGCACGACAAUAUAAUCCUAAUUCAUAUACAAUUAGAAUAAAAAAUCGUUCAAACCUAAAUGAAAUAGUGUGAUAAAUAGGUACAUUAUAAUAUGUUUUGCAGUUCUGACGUUUUAUAAUCAAUGUUAUGUUAUUUAGUGUAGGAGCCAAUGCCUUAAUAACUGUAGAAAUUUCUUCUAGCUCACAUCUGCUUAAGUUAUCUUCAAUUGAUUUCAAAAUUUCUGAGCGGGUAUCUUCCACAUUUGAAUUUCCUAAUAACAGAUGGGUUAGUAACAAAAACAUAAUUACGAUAAUAUAUAGACAACAAAACAAAGAAAAUAAACAUCCUAAUUGUAACCUUAGUUUUUAUUAGUUUUUUUCCUAUAAUUACAUAGUGAAGCCUUGUAGUAAACACACUUAUAGUACUGAAUGAUAACUUUUUUAAUGAAUUUUCUUAUCGAACUAGACCAAGGCAUUAUUUUGAGGCUUCUCAGAACAUAUGACGCGUUAUUGUUCUGUCUCACGGUAUUUUCCGUACUAUGUGGACCUUUUCUAAUAUUUGAUCUUUACGUCAAGAAUAAUCCUAGAAUUUUUGUGUUUAACUGACAUCGUUAGGAGUAUUUAUUUAUCUGAGUCAACUCUCAUAUUUUUGGAAGACCGUGAAUUCGAUGAAUGAAGGCACCAAACGAAUUGUUCAAAGAAAAUGUCGCGUUUAUUAUUUGUACGUAAAUUUGUGUACCUAUUAUACUGUAUAACACUUUAAUAUAUGUUUUUGUUAAACGAAUGGAGGAUUCUAAGAAUUCUAAGAUUAGAAAUUUUGAUUAUAAUAAGUAACUUAAUUCCCAUUCAUUACAUUUAAAUAUUAUUAAUCUAUAGCUUGUUUUAAAUCCUUCAAUACUUGUUGUUUACACAUUGAACCUGCAAAAAUCAUGUUUAAGUUUGCUAGAUUUAGUGUCACUAGAAAAUACACAAAAUAUUUACAAUAAUUUAGGAUGUUACAAAAAGUUUGUUCGAUUUUACCGCUUUGUAACUAAUUUACCGACUAGUAACUAGUACCCAGUGUAAUAUUUCUACACAGCCGUAAAAUUACACGAUGUUAGGAUAAAUCGACACAUUUGUAAAUUUAUUAAUUUCUAUGUAUAGGUAUGCUUAUUUAUAAUUGUAAUUAGUCUACCGAUACGUCUAUUUGUACCUAUGCUAUUUUUAUACUUUUAAAAUAAAAAUAAAAUAUUUAAAGUAAA